GGAACUGGUAGAACAGCACCAACUGUGCUUUGUGCAUGGAGACCUGACCUCAUUUGAGGGUGUCUGGGACCCCCAAAAAUUAUUAUCCCUCAAGAACAAAAUUAUGUCGUCUUUUUGCAUCUAUAUUCACAGGACCGCGUAUAACCUGAAAUGAUUUUUUUUCUUUAAACUAAUUGUAAGAUGAACCAAGCUAAAAGCUGUUAUUUAAAAAGCAAUGAUGAAACAUUACGGACAGUAUAUUUGCCUAAUCAAGAAGAUGUCAUUGUGGGCCGUAAUCCAGAUACAUUUAUUACAGAUACACAUUGCCCUAGACAACAAGUAAGAUUAUGCGCAAAUUAUGAAGAGUAUAAAGUUAUUAUUGAACCAAUUGGAAACAGAAACUGUGGUUUUAAUGGCUUUAAAACAAGGAAAAAUGCUGUAUAUAUAGGCAGCCAUGGUGAUUGCUUAGAAAUACUAUAUGGAAAAUAUGUAUAUGAAGUUGAAUUUAAUCCUCCACCUCCAAAAUCUCAUUUACCAGAGAAAAGAGGCAGAGAAGCAGAAAUCUGUAGCAAAACCGAAAGAAUCUCUCAUAAAAUACCAAAAAUUGAAACUGAUUGUUUAGAUGAUAUUGAACAUACAGAGCAGGUAGAAAAAACAAAAGAAGAGAAGAAGCAUACAAAAAAUACUGAUGGGAUUUUGAAAUUUCUAAAUAGAAGUAAAAUGACAGAAAACACAAACAGUCAAGUCAAUGAAGGUGUUUGGGAGAGUAUAGAUUGUGGAGCAUUAUUAAUAUAUACCUCGCAUGGUGUAGAAGGUCGUUCAAAGAUUGCAGCAUAUGAUAUGGAUGGAACUUUAAUAAAAACAAAAUCUGGUCUGGUAUUUCCAAAAGAUUACGAUGACUGGCAACUUCUAUACAUUGAUGUGCCUAAUAAAUUAAAGGAACUUCACAAGAACUCUUACAAAAUAGUAAUUUUCACUAAUCAAGCAUCAAUUGGCUCUGGAAGAGUAAAUACCAAUUCUUUCAAGAAUAAGCUGAAGAACAUAGUACAGAGAAUUGGAGUUCCAAUACAGAUUUUUAUAGCUACUGGAAAUAGCAUCUAUAGGAAACCGGCGCCUGGCAUGUGGCAGAAAUUAGAAGAAUACAAUGAUUCGGUGCCUAUCGAUAAAGACAAUUCAUUUUUCGUGGGAGAUGCAGCCGGACGAAUAAAGAACUGGGCUCCGGGUAAGAAAAAGGACCACUCGUUAGCGGAUAGAUUACUGGCAUUGAAUUUAGGCUUAAAAUUUUACACGCCUGAAGAACAUUUUCGUGGACACCAACAAGCACAAUAUAUAUUACCUGCCUUUAAUCCAACAAAUUUACCAAGUAAAGAAAUAUGCACAGGAGGCAGUCUAACUUCAAGCAUCCAAGAAAUCAUUUUAAUGGUUGGAUGUCCUGGUUCAGGGAAAUCUCAUUUUGUACGAAAUCAUCUAAGUCAGUAUGAAUGUGUUAAUAGAGAUAAUCUUGGGAGUUGGCAAAAAUGUGUCACUGUAAUGGAAAAACAUCUAACUGAAAAACGUAGCGUUGUUGUGGAUAAUACUAAUCCAGAUUCUGUAUCAAGGCAAAGAUAUAUUGAAGUAGCAAAACGAUAUAACAUCUCUGUAAGGUGUUUCAUUAUGUCAGUAAACGUUGAUCAUGCAAAACAUAAUAACAAGUUUCGAGAAUUAACUGAUCCUAGUCAUGCCAAAAUCAAUGAAAUUAUUAUUAAUUCUUAUGUAAAAAAUUAUCAACCACCGACUUUGGAUGAAGGCUUUACAGAAAUUGUUCAUAUAAACUUUGUACCGACAUUCCAGAUGGAAGAACAUCAACAACUUUAUGAAAUGUAUUUGCUUGAACACUAAAGAAUAUUUUGAAGUUUCAAUACAAUAGAAUUAAGUAUUUAUUCUGACCUAAUAAAUGUACUCUGUAUUUAUUGGAAAGCAUAUUGAACAUUGUAUACAUUUUCUGUUUAAUUUUUGUAAUUAAAAGUAGAUUCUAAAUCUCUA